AUGUACAGCCUCAUCUCAACACUCGCUGCUAUCCUGCCUCUGGCAGUAGCUGCACCCGUCAGCUAUGAGACGACCACUCCUGCUUAUGACAGCAAUCCAGGUUGCCAGGCCGCCUCGUUUGGCAACUUUUCCUGGACCCUUGAGGACUUUGACUUCCACUCAUCCUACAUUUUCACGACGCCAGCGCAUCAAAACUCGUGGGGAUAUGUCAACUUCAACCUGUCAAACCCAGCCCUGACCUACAAGGCAUCGUGCAGCGCGUCUAGCAGCCAACUUUCCGACUUCUUUUAUGGCACUCAGGAAUACACCUGCACCAGCCCCGACGGCACGUCCGCGGUGACUACUUUUGACUUCAGCCGCCCCAGCGGCACGCUGAACGUAAACCAGACCUGGGUCUGCGCCGAUCAGGACCCUCAGUGGCCUGUAACCAUUCACGGGUACGGUCAGGUCAACCUUACUCUCGAGUGCACCGACACGACCUACCAGAACCCCAACUGGACUCUGGGUCAGAUCUACUCGGACCGCGAAGUAAAGUGCUCGCCUGUGACCCUGCCUCUCAAGCCGUACAUGAUGACAGCCAUCGCAUAA